CCUGCAUAGUGCAUACCCUUCUCGCCAUCCAUUAUAUUAUACACACACCCGUACGUCCCGCCGCCGGCGCCGCUGUUGCUGCUGCCACAGCAACAUGGGCGGCGAUUUGGCGAAGCCGGUGGCGGCGAUGGUGGUUGUGCAGGUGAUGUCCGCCGGCGUGAACAUAUUCUACAAGCUGGCGGUGUUGGACGGCAUGGACAUGAGGGUGCUGGUGGCCUACCGCUACCUCUUCGCCUCCGCCUUCCUGGCGCCCCUCGCCUACUUCAUCGAGAGGAAGAGACGGACCAAGUUGACGUGGAGAGUGUUGGUGAUAUCUUUCCUGUGUGGCCUAACCGGGGGCUCUCUGGCGCAGAACCUGUACAUCUCGGGCAUGAAGCUGACCUCGGCCACCUUCGCCUCCGCCACCACCAACCUCAUCCCGGGGGUCACCUUCGUGCUGGCGCUCAUCUUCCGCUACGAGCGCCUGGCCGUCCGCGCCUCCUCCGGCCAGGCCAAGGUGGCCGGCACCCUGCUGGGCGUCGCCGGCGCCAUGCUGCUCACCUUCUACAAGGGCGCCGACAUCACCCCUUGGCACACCCACGUCAACCUCGUCGCCUCCUCCUCCGCGCACCACGCAGCGGACGAAGCCGCCGACGCCAACCGCGUCAUGGGCUCGCUGCUCUGCAUCGCCAGCUGCGUCUUCUACGCGCUCUGGCUCAUCCUGCAGGCCAACCUCAGCAGGGACUACCCGUUCCACUACUCCAGCACGGCGCUCAUGUGCGUCAUGAGCACGCUCCAGUCCGUCGCCUUGGCGCUCUGGGCCGACCGCGACCCCGCCCGCUGGCGCCUCGGCCUCGACGUCCGCCUGCUCGCCUCCGCCUACUCGGGCGUCCUCGCCUCGGGGGUCAUGCUCGUCGUGCUGUCCUGGUGCGUCAGGAAGCGGGGACCGCUCUUCGCCUCCGUCUUCAACCCGCUCAUGCUGCUGCUCGUGGCCAUCCUCAGCUCCCUGCUGCUGGGAGAGAGGCUCUACCUCGGAAGCGCGCUCGGCGCCGUGCUCAUCGUCGGCGGACUAUACGCCGUGCUCUGGGGGAAGGGGCGCGAGGUCACUACCAAGGUCAGCGAGCUGCCCCUGCCCAUCGUCACUACCGAUGACGACGACGGCAACGUCGACGUGGUUGUUGCCGUGCAGCAAGCCCAGGCGUCCGAUCGCGAUUCCAAGGAGCAGCAGCAGCGGUCGACGAGGACGGGAUGAGUGGAGUUAUUAUUAUUAACAAACAGGGGAUCGUCCAUGCUCAUCAACCAACUGUCCAACUCAACCUGCAGCUCAUCAUUGUGGAUGUAGAAUUAAUUCAUCGCAUUGCUGAUUGGCUACCCAAUCUCAAUUUGGAAGCAUCAAUUUCCAGAACGAACAACACUUAAACAGUCAUCGUCAGCAGAGCACUUCCUUUCACACCAGAAGCCAACAUACAUGGGCGAGCCAGAAAUAACUUUUUUGGGCCCGUUACCUUAGCAGGCCGAAUGUGUCCCUGCUAUUGUUGUUGGGCCGUCCUUACUAAAUUGUACUUACCCGGUAAUCAAUAGAAAUUUUUUAUUUAUAG